AAGAGUUCAUGUGGGGGACGUGCUAUGUGUGAGCCUUGAGGCCACAACCACAACCACAGCCACAACCACAACCGCAACCACUGCUGCAUCCCGCAGCCAAGUCAGUCCCCAAGCGGCCACAACCCUUUACUCGCAUACUGAAUCCAUCAACGCCCAUGCACCUGCAGAGCUUCCAGCAAGUCGCAGCAGCAGCACCACCACCACAGCAGAGCCUUGUGACACCACCGUGACAGCAAGGCCUACAGUCGUGUUUCGGCGAGUCGCAGCCGUUGCUGGAGACGAGAUUGCAUCAUUUCAGCCGUCGGAUGCGCCGUUUCAAAUAGAGCCGAAUCACUUCUGGGUGCUUGCAGACAACCCCGAUGUUCCUGCUAAGGAGGCGUGGGACAGCCGCACAAUAGGCCCAGUGCAUCUGGAAGACGUGCUGGGGAGGGCGAUGUAUGUGGUGCGGUCGAUGCACGACCAUGGGCCCGUCCAAAACAG